GUAUGUACCUUUAUACACAUAUGUUAUGGCUAGAAAUGUAGCUCUAUGAAACGAACUCUGGCUCAAGUGUCAAAGUUAUACGCACUAAUGUCCACCACUUAAGCUGCGCGCUGACUCGAUGAAAAUCCAUUAAUAUAUGUAAAUUAAUACAUUUACUUAACGGCUGACAGAUUUAGUUAUUGAUUCUAGUCAUUAAAUUUUUGGCGGCUAUACGCCAUUGUCAAUCCAGCAGUAGGCAUGAAGAAACGUAUUUUUUGCGCAUCGAUCAUCGGCAGCAUUUUUAUUAUUGCUGUAAUGCCAGCGGUGGAGUUUACCAAUGUCGAAUGCAUUGAAGUCGACAAAUCUUACCUGACCUUCCCCCUUUGCCGUUUAAAGGCUGUUAAUCGCACUUAUAAAUACUUGACAUUACGUGCAAAAUUUCCAAGAAAUGAGCCAGUUAACAAUAUUUCGAUGUCCUUCGCCUUGCUACGUAAAGCUAAUGGCUAUAAACCUUUUUUAUAUAAUUUCACCAUCGACGCAUGCAAAUAUAUAAAGAAACGCAAUAAUCCUGUUGUUAAAUACUUUCACAGCUGGUUCGAGAAAUAUUCGACCAUAAAUAGAAGUUGCCCAUAUGGACCGCAAGAUGAAAUCGUUGAUAAACUACCUCUGGGUCACAUCAAUCACAUGGCAACCGAAGUACUGCCAGUGCCAACGGGUGAAUAUGUUUUUCACACCACUUGGAUUUUCUAUCAAAUAAAAGUAGCUUUUGUUAAGCUAUUUUUUCGAAUUUUAUAAACUAUAGUUAAUCGAAAAUGCAUUGGCAAUAAA